AUGGAUCCUGUUCAACCACCAUUCAGGGGUCCUGCUCCCAUCCACUCAUCUCAGUGUAUUCGCAUGCCAGGCUGUUGGCCACAUUCUCCUAAACCUUUGGACUCGGCUCUGGUUAAGGCACCUGUAGGCAGAGGCCAUAUGUUUAGAAAGCUGGACAACACCCAGAAGCCGCCAAUACAAAGGGAGUCUGCUGGUUUGGGUUCCAUGUUUCAAGGCAUGGGCCUUGCCACAAUGUCCCCGACCUCUCCCAAACGUGAAGUGCCUCCGUUAGGCAGAGGCAUUUUAGGCAGAGGUUUUUCUGCUAAUAUGACCCACAAAGAUAAAGAAGAACCCCAUCCUCCUUUCCCUGAUCCAUCUGUGUUGGCAACUGGAGAUAGCAAGCUGGCAGAGGUCUCUGUUGCUUGGAACAGAGUACUUGGAAGAGGGAAUUUGGAUGCUUCUAUGUUUCCGCUGGGAAGAGCUGGUGGUUUAGGCAGAGGAGUGAAUAAGUCUCCUGGUUCAGUUGGCCUGAUUGCUCGGGAACCCCCACAGUUGUCACAACCCCCAACACUGCCCUUGACCUCACUGCACUCUGUGGAUUCCCCUCCCAGCUUAACUUUGGAACAAAAAGAAAAAGAGCAUUUUGUGAAACAAGGAUCAAAAGGAACACUUCAGUCUUUGGGACUAAACCUCAUCAAAAUACAGUGUCAUAACGAAGCAGUUUAUCAGUACCAUGUGACUUUCAGCCCCAACGUGGAGUGCAAAAGCAUGAGAUUUGGCAUGUUGAGGGAUCAUCAUUCUGUCACUGGAAACGUCACUGCUUUUGAUGGAUCUAUUCUUUAUCUACCUGUUAAACUUCCACAAGUUGUUGAGUUAAAAAGUCAAAGGAAAACUGAUGACGCGGAGAUAAGCGUAAAGAUUCAGUUGACAAAGAUCCUGGAGCCUUGUUCUGACUUGUGCAUUCCCUUCUACAAUGUUGUCUUCCGGCGGGUAAUGAAACUUUUAGAUAUGAAGCUUGUGGGGAGAAACUUCUAUGACCCUACAAGUGCCAUGGUACUACAGCAACACAGAUUGCAGAUCUGGCCUGGGUAUGCAGCUAGCAUCCGGAGGACAGAUGGAGGUCUUUUCCUGCUUGCUGAUGUCUCUCAUAAGGUCAUCCGUAAUGAUUCUGUGCUGGAUGUCAUCAAAAACUAUGGUAUCACAGUUAAGGAAGAGGACCAGCCACUUCUGAUCCACAGGCCCAGUGAGAGACAGAGCAACCAUGGCACACUCCUGAAAGGUGAAAUCUUGCUGCUGCCUGAGCUUUCUUUCAUGACUGGGAUCCCAGAGAAGAUGAAGAAGGACUUCAGAGCCAUGAAGGAUUUGACUCAGCAGAUCAACCUGAGCCCCAAACAGCACCAUAAUGCAUUGGAAUGCUUGCUGCAGAGAAUUUCAGAGAAUGAGGCAGCCAACAAUGAGCUGAUACGUUGGGGACUCUGUCUGGAGAAGGAUGUACACAAGAUUGAUGGACGUGUUCUACCAAUGGAAAGAAUUAACUUAAGAAAUACUUCAUUUAUCACAUCUCAGGACCUAAACUGGAGUAAGGAAGUAACCAGAGAUGUUUCCAUCUUGACUGUGCCCAUGCAUUUCUGGGCUCUUUUUUACCCAAAGAGAGCAAUUGAUCAUGCCCGAGAACUGGUUAACAUGUUAGAGAAGGUGGCUGGCCCCAUCGGCAUGCGCAUAAAUCCACCAACCUGUGUUGAACUGAAGGAUGACCGGAUAGAGACCUACAUCAGAACCAUCCAGUCCACAUUGGGAGUAGAGGGAAAGCUUCAGAUGGUUGUGUGCAUUAUCAUGGGCACACGAGAUGAUCUUUAUGGGGCCAUCAAGAAGUUGUGCUGUGUGCAGUCCCCAGUGCCUUCACAGGUCAUCAAUGUCCGAACCAUUGGUCAGCCCACCAGGCUUCGGAGUGUGGCUCAGAAAAUUUUACUUCAGAUGAACUGCAAAUUGGGUGGUGAGCUCUGGGGAGUAGAUAUUCCUCUGAAAAAAUUGAUGGUGAUUGGAAUGGAUGUUUACCAUGAUCCCAGUAGAGGCAUGCGAUCUGUGGUUGGUUUUGUUGCAAGCAUCAAUCUCACCCUCACUAAGUGGUAUUCGAGAGUAGUGUUCCAGAUACCUCAUCAGGAGAUUGUGGAUAGCCUGAAACUGUGCCUGAUGGACUCCUUGAGAAAGUACUAUGAGGUGAACCAUUGUCUACCUGAAAAGAUUGUUAUGUACCGUGAUGGAGUGUCGGAUGGCCAGCUAAAGACAGUUGCCAACUAUGAGAUUCCUCAGCUGCAGAAGUGUUUUGAAUCUUUUGAGAAUUACCAGCCCAAGAUGGUGGUGUUUGUAGUUCAGAAGAAAAUCAGCACCAAUCUGUAUCUUGCUACCUCCAAGGACUUUGUGACUCCAUCCCCAGGGACUGUGGUUGAUCACACGAUAACAAGCUGUGAGUGGGUGGAUUUCUACCUUCUUGCACAUCACGUGCGGCAAGGCUGUGGCAUUCCUACACAUUAUGUCUGUGUUCUCAACACUGCAAACCUGAGCCCUGAUCACAUGCAGAGGUUGACUUUCAAACUAUGCCACAUGUACUGGAAUUGGCCUGGUACCAUCAGAGUUCCAGCUCCUUGCAAGUAUGCCCACAAGCUAGCUUUCCUGUCUGGACAGAUCUUACAUCAGGAACCAGCUAUCCAGCUGUGUGAGAACCUGUUCUUCUUGUGAUGGUAGCCUAGGAAUAGGCUGGCAAGGAGAAAUUGGACUUCUAACUCAGCUGCAUCUCUUACAGAAUCGACAUACCAAAGUGGCAUUUAUGUCAGCAUUCAGUCUUUGCUUUCUCCAACCUUGUAGAAUAAGAUUUCUUUUUUGUGUGUUAACAUCUGAU